GCACAAACAAUGUGAGCUGGAGCAGAGGCAGGAGAAGCAAUAUGGGAGAGCUGCGUGUCCACUCUGCACUGGUGACUGGGGCCAACAGGGGCAUUGGCCUGGGUCUUGUGCAGCACCUGCUGGCAUUGCCAAACCCACCUGAGUGGGUCUUUGCAGGCUGCCGGGACCCCAAGGGACAGCGAGCACAGGAGCUGCAGAAAUUGGCCUCCAAGCACCCCAACCUGGUCAUCGUCCCGCUCGAAGUCACCGAUCCCGCCAGCAUCAAGGCGGCCGCAGCCAGCGUCGGGGAGCGCCUCAAGGGCUCGGGGCUGAACCUCCUCAUCAACAACGCUGGAAUUGCAAAGACAAAUUCACUUGACACAGAGACACUGGACAACAUGUCACAAUUGUUCACCACCAACACCAUUGCACCUCUCCUGCUGGGCCAGGCGUUCCUGCCCCUGCUGAAGAAGGCAGCCCAGGGGAGCCCGGGCUCGGGGAUGAGCUGCAGCAAGGCGGCCAUCGUCAACAUGUCCAGCAUUGGGGGUUCGAUCAAAGAAAUGUAUUUAUGGGAGGCUGCACAUUGUGUUGCUUAUCGCUGCAGCAAGGCUGCCCUGAACAUGCUCACCAGGUGCCAGUCCAUGGGGUACCGGGAACACGGCAUCCUCUGCGUCGCUCUCCAUCCCGGAUGGGUGCAAACAGACAUGGGGAACGCAGCCGGGUACACGCCCCCGCUGACGGUGGACGCGAGCGUAGGAGGGAUGCUGAAGGUGCUCUCCAACCUCUCCGAGAAGGACAGCGGGGCCUUCCUGGACUGGGAAGGGAACGUUGUGGCCUGGUGAGCUGCUGGCCCGGCCUCGUGCCUGGAUCCUGGCAGUGGCCCCAAUGUUUCUGACUUCCCCCUCAAUAAACCCAUAUCAGAGAACAUCA